AACUCUGGGGGUCUUCCAGGAACAGGUGUAUUUAUACGGAGAUCAUGAGACACUUUAAUUGCACACAGGUGAACUAAAUUGAUCUAAUUAGGUCACUUUUGAUGGGAACUGAUUGCACCAGAAAUAUUGUAGGUGUGCAUACUUAUGCAGUUUGAACUAUUCACUUCAAUGUUGUUACUAAAUUUGGUGUAGAUUCAUGAUAUACGGUCCCUUUUAAUUCCACUUCAAUUGUAACACUAUAAUGUGGAAAAGUUAAAGGAAGGUGGAUAUUUAUGCAAGGCACUGUAUCAGGCAUGGCGUGACUGACAUGCUUUAAUUGCUGAGGGUACUGAUUGCUUUCUGAGACAGAUCAUCAGACAUGUCCAGCAUGUUUAAACACCUGUCCAAGUCCUCACUCAGGCACGAGCUUCUGCCUGUGUACGCCAGGGAUUUCAUAUUUUCAUUCCGACUAAAUGCUGUGGAAACACGGCUCGUGCUGAAUCUUUCCGCUAAAAUGUGACACGGUCACGCGGUAGGACAGAGCUGAGGCUUUCGACGGUCACGCGCUGAUCCGGUAUUUAAACUCACCCGGGCUCUCUCGCGUUCUCGGGCCAGAUUGGGGCGCAAUGGACCUUCCCAUGUGUGGUAGUCUCGGGCAGCAGAAGUAGCGACCGAUUGUCGUGACUGUUUGUAAAUUACUUGCAACAAAAACUAGUUUAUGCAGAUUAUUUAAAAAUUCAAUUCAAUUCGACGUUAUUAGACAAUCGGGUUUGUUCGUUUCUGCAUUUCUGUGCAAUGUGGAUACACGCCGUUUUAGUGCUGUCCUGUUGCGCACUGGCUGUGCGCGCGCAGUUCCCGCGUGAGUGCACGAGCACCGAGGCUCUGCGCAGCGCGCGCUGUUGCCCGACUCCGUUCGGCCGCGUGAACGACCCGUGCGGCGUGAGCCUUGGCCGAGGCCAGUGCCUGUCGGUGCAGGCGGACACGCGCGCACACGGGCCGCAGUACCCGCACGUGGACCAGGAUGACCGCGAGCGCUGGCCGCUUCGCUUCUUCACCAGCGCGUGCCGCUGCACCGGGAACUUCUACGGGUUCAACUGCGGUCGGUGCAAGCACGGAUUCACCGGGGUCAACUGCGACACGCCAGUGCCAGUCGUCAGAAGAAAUGUUCUCACUCUGAACCCGAGUGAGAGGCGCUCCUUCGUGAACGCUCUGCACCAGGCUAAGCGGACCGUUCACCCGGACCUGGUCAUCGCCACACGCCGCUAUGGCGAGCUGUUCAGCCCUGAUGGUAACACCACUAUGUUUGAAAACAUCACCAUCUACAACUACUUCGUGUGGUCGCACUACUACUCCGUGAGUAAGACGUUUCUCGGUGGUGGACAGCCCAGCUUCGGGGGCGUGGACUUCUCUCACGAGGGACCCGGGUUCGUCACGUGGCACCGAUACCACCUCCUGCAGCUCGAGCGUGACAUACAGGACAUGUUGGGAGACCCGAGAUUCGCCCUUCCCUACUGGAACUUUGCCAUCGGUGGAAACCAGUGUGACAUCUGCACUGAUGAUCUGAUGGGCGCCAGAAGCAGCUUUGAUGAAAAUGGGAUCAGCUCCAAUUCCAUCUUCUCCCAGUGGCGUGUCGUGUGUGAGAGCCUGGACGACUAUGACACGCUGGGCACCAUCUGCAACAGUACCGAGAGCAACCCCAUCAGGAGGAACCCAGCGGGGAACGUGGCGAGGCCCAUGGUGCAGAAGCUUCCAGAGCCUCAGGACAUAGAAGCCUGCCUGCAGCUGACCACAUUCGACACCCCUCCAUUUUACUCUACUUCAACUGACAGCUUCAGAAACACCAUCGAGGGCUACAGCGCCCCUGAGGGUACCUACGACCCUGUAGUGCGAAGUCUGCACAAUUUGGCUCACCUGUUCCUGAAUGGUACCGGUGGACAAACCCAUCUGUCCCCUAACGACCCCAUCUUCGUCCUGCUCCACACCUUCACCGACGCCAUCUUUGACGAGUGGCUUCGGAGACACCCAGGCUCUGCCGACUACCCAAUGGAAAACGCUCCGAUUGGCCAUAACAGAGAUUACAACAUGGUGCCAUUCUGGCCUCCUAUCACCAAUGCAGAAAUGUUCGUGACUGCUCCAGAGAACCUGGGUUACUCCUAUGAGGCCACCUGGCCCGCCCGUCCCAUCACUCCGACUGAGAUCAUCACCAUCGCUGUGAUCGCAGCGCUUUUCGUCGUGGCGAUCAUCUUCGCCGUCACGACGUGUGCCGUGCGCUCCCGAUCCCAUAACUCUGAGGGUCGGCAACAUCUCCUCGGGGAACAGUACCAACGCUAUGACGAUCACGACACACACAACAGCAAGAGCCAGUCUGUGGUUUAAGAAUGCAGGAGCUACAACUUCGACCUCUUUUGUAUAAUCCUAGUCAUACAUACAUGACAAUGCUCGGUCAUUACAUUUUGUAUGUAAUUUCAGUGAAACCAGAAGUGCCUUGAGUCAUAUUUAGCCAAAGUCUGUGUGGACAACAAACUAAAAGAAAAAAAGGCACAAACUAAAAUGACGGUGCUAACGUUACUUCAUCAAUGGUUCACUCUAAAUGUGUAAUUGUAAUCGGUUCUUAUUUAACACUGCUCGUUUUAACAAAUAUGUUGGGUUGUAGUCUCAUCCUGGAACUAAAUUCAAUUAAAAAAAAAAAAAAAAACUUCUUUUACCAGUAAAUGUUUGCAGCCUUGGUGUCUCAUUGUAGGCUCUGAAUUCGUGUCGCUUUACUGGUGCCACUAGAUGGCAGGUUCAUACAGAGAAAAGAUUCAUGGUGUUGACCGUGAAUCCAAAAACCACACCUCAUACUGUACCUCUAACACACUGUGACUACUAAAGUAGUGUUUCCCAGCCCGGUUUUCUAACAACCUCCAAAUUUCAGAUCAGGGAUAGAAUCAAAAUGGACCAUCUUAGAGACAGCAACACUGUAUGAAGGGUUAAAAAAAAAAAAUGAUUGAAUAAUUCAAGUUCAAUGUUAAUUGUAAUAUGUGUACAUCUUUUUGAUUGUAUUUUCUGUAUGAUAAUGUGUGAAAGUUCUGAAUUUACUGAAAUUAAGCAUUGACAGCUUAAGCACUCAGUGGUUUGAAUUAACGGACAUAAUUAGUCAGAUGCAUAUUUUUCUCUCAGCAGGUCGUGCUGUUAGUAACUGCAGAGUGAUUUGUGGGUGGGCGUUACUAAACCGGCUGUGGGCGUGGAGCACCUGUUCAGCAUAAAUAGAAGCCUUGCUAUGGAAAGCCAAAUGGUUCAUAAAUGUUAGCUAGGCUUACCUCAUUGUGAAGUCCCACUAAUUAUAAAUAAAUAAAUAAAAUAAAACACUGAUGAUGGAAACCAGGAAACAA